AGAAAGUUCCUGCGGAUGAAGCGGCAGAGGUACGGUUACAUCUACCGCACACACCUCUUCGGGAAUCCCACGGUGCGCGUGACCGGGGCGGAUAACGUCCGGCAGAUUCUGCUGGGGGAGCACAGGCUCGUGUCAGUGCAGUGGCCCGCUUCUGUGCGCACCAUCCUGGGCUCGGAUACACUGUCCAAUGUGCACGGAGCGCAACACAAGAGCAAGAAGAAGGCCAUCAUGCGGGCUUUCUCCUCUGAGGCUCUGGAGCUCUACGUCCCCGUCAUCCAGGAGGAGGUGCAGGCUGCAGUGAAAGAAUGGCUGGCCAAAGACUCAUGCGUGCUGGUCUACCCAGAAAUGAAGCGGCUGAUGUUCCGCAUCGCCAUGAGGAUCCUGCUGGGCUUUGAGCCAGAGCAGAUCAAGACAGACGAGCAGCAGCUUGUGGAAGCUUUCGAAGAAAUGAUCAAGAAUCUAUUCUCUCUACCCAUCGACGUGCCUUUCAGCGGACUCUACAGGGGUCUGAAGGCGAGAAACUUUAUCCAUUCCAAGAUAGAAGAGAACAUCAAGAAAAAGGUGCAGGAGUCAGACAAGGAGUCCAAACACAGAGACGCUCUGCAGCAGCUCAUAGACAGCAGCAAAAAGAAUGGGGAGCCGUUCAGCAUGCAGGCCAUCAAGGAGUCUGCCACAGAGCUGUUGUUUGGGGGACAUGAAACCACAGCCAGCACAGCCACCUCUCUGGUCAUGUUCCUGGGCCUAAACCCUGAGGUUGUGGAUAGACUGAGGCAGGAACUGAUGGACAAG